CCUUCCAUGGUCAAUAAUGAACAACGACAACAUGCUGAGCACAUAUUCUUAUCAUUUAGAAAAUCAAAAUCGCCAUUUGCUGUCUGCAAACACAUUCUGGAAACUAGUAAAGUGGACUAUGUCCUUUUCCAAGCUGCUACAGCGAUAAUGGAAGCAGUUGUACGAGAAUGGAUUCUGCUGGAAAAAACAAGCAUUGAGUCACUGCGAACAUUCCUUCUAACCUAUGUCUUACAGAGGCCUAACCUUCAAAAGUAUGUUCGGGAGCAGAUUUUGUUAGCAGUAGCAGUAAUAGUGAAACGGGGAUCCUUAGACAAAUCAAUCGACUGCAAAAGCAUUUUCCAUGAAGUCAGCCAGUUGAUCAGCAGCGGUAACCCCACGGUGCAAACUUUGGCCUGUUCCAUUUUAACGGCACUGUUGAGUGAGUUCUCGAGUUCAAGUAAAACCAGCAACAUUGGACUAAGCAUGGAGUUCCAUGGUAACUGUAAACGUAUAUUUCAGGAGGACGAUCUGCGGCAGAUCUUCAUGCUCACGGUAGAGGUACUUCAGGAAUUCAGCAGACGUGAGAACCUCAACGCUCAGAUGUCUUCGGUGUUUCAGCGUUAUCUUGCACUAGCCAAUCAGGUCUUAAGCUGGAACUUCCUUCCUCCAAAUUUGGGCAGACAUUAUAUAGCUAUGUUUGAAUCCUCACAAAAUGUGAUGCUAAAGCCAACAGAAUCCUGGCGCGAGACCCUCCUGGACAGCAGAGUUAUGGAGCUUUUCUUUACAGUACAUCGGAAAAUCAGAGAGGAUACAGAUAUGGCCCAAGACUCGUUGCAGUGCCUCGCCCAGCUGGCCUCUUUGCAUGGGCCGGUCUUUCCCGAUGAAGGUUCCCAAGUCGAUUACCUGGCACACUUCAUUGAGGGAUUACUGAAUACUAUCAAUGGAAUUGAAAUAGAAGACUCUGAAGCAGUGGGAAUUUCCAGUAUUAUCAGCAACCUGAUAACCGUAUUUCCUCGCAAUAUUUUAACUGCCAUUCCAAAUGAACUUUUCUCUUCAUUUGUUAACUGCCUCGCACACCUCACUUGUUCUUUUGGGAGAAGUGCUGCCUUGGAAGAAGUGCUUGACAAAGAUGAUAUGGUGUAUAUGGAAGCGUAUGAUAAGUUGCUGGAGUCUUGGCUGACUUUGGUACAAGAUGACAAACAUUUCCAUAAAGGCUUCUUUACCCGACAUGCCAUUCAGGUCUUUAAUUCUUAUAUUCAGUGCCAUCUAGCUGCUCCUGAUGGUACAAGGAAUUUGACGGCCAACGGCGUGGCCUCUCGGGAAGAAGAGGAGAUCAGCGAGCUCCAGGAGGACGACAGAGAGCAGUUCUGUGACCAGCUGGCCAGCGUGGGCAUGCUGGGCAGGAUCGCGGCGGAGCACUGCAUUCCUCUGCUCACCAGUUUGUUAGAAGACCGAGUGACAAGGCUCCAUGGGCAGCUGCAGAGACAUCAACAACAGUUACUCGCCUCACCAGCAUCAGGCUCAAUGGACAAUAAAGUGCUUGAUGACCUGUAUGAGGAUAUUCAUUGGCUUAUUUUAGUCACAGGCUACCUCUUGGCUAAUGAUACUCAGGGAGAGACUCCGCUAAUACCUCCAGAAGUAAUGGAAUAUUCCAUUAAGCAUUCAACUGAGGUUGACAUCAAUACAACACUUCAAAUUCUGGGAUCUCCAGGAGAAAAGGCAUCUUCCAUCCCAGGUUACAACAGAACAGAUUCUGUAAUUAG